AUGGUGAAUAGCUGCAAGGAGUUUUUCCAAUUGGCUAUUUUGCUUCUAAUUAAUUUGCUGAAUUUUGUCGACCGGAAUACUGUUGCAGGUUUAUUUUUUAUUAAAUAUGUUAUUUUUGUAAUUUUUUAUGGGUUAUGAAAGGAUGAGACACAUGAUUAGGACGUCUUGUGUACCUUUUUUGAGGUUAUCCCUUCAAUCGUUUUUUAAAAAUUUUGCAUGUCUUCUAAGUUGUUACUUUAGAAAUCUGUCAAGGGCGAAAAAAUCCAAUGAUAUGCUUGAAAAAAAAGAACAAAAAAUUCUGAAUUCUUAAUUACGUCACCAAUUAACAAAAAUGACGUCAUGAAGGCAGGUGUGCUGCCGCUGGUGCAGGACUACUACGGGACCAACUGUUCCAGUGAUCAUGACCUCAACCAGGUGGCCGGCAGCACCUGUCAGCCCUUAAGUGACACCUGGGCCGGCUUGAUUCAGACCGUCUUCCUCGUCUCCUUCAUCAUCAUCUCUCCCUUAACUGGCUACUUGGGCGACAGGUUCUUUCUUUUUCCAAUAAAUGUUAUCUUUUUUUUGAGAGACGCAGACAAGUUAGACUGUUUCAAGUUUUGGUGAAUGAUGUAAGUCCAUCUUUGAGUUUAGGUACACUCGAAAAUGGAUAAUUAUCGGUGGAAUGGCUGUUUGGAUUACUGCCGUAGUUGGAUCGACAUUCGCUCCGGCUAAUGUUGGUUUUUUUAUCUACUCAUAUAUUGGUUUUUUUUUACCUCAAUUUCUGGGUCAAGAAAAACAGAAAGUUCAAUCUCUUUUUGAAAACAAGAAACAUAUAAAAAUAAAAUAAACCUUUUUGAGAGAUGGAAAAAUAAAGCGGCUGAGCCUUCAGAUGUGAAAAAUUUUCACCUGUCAAGAAAAAAAAAAUGCAUCGAAGCAAAACUUUAUUAAGGGUGCAAAGUACAUUGAACAUAUAGUCAAUGUUUCCCGACUUGAAAGGCGAAGGAGGCGGGGCAAGGGGCGGGACGCGUAG